AUGGAAAAUAAACCAACGAUGAAGAUGAUGAGAGAAAUUCUUGCCAGCAGUCGGAAUAUUAAUGGUCUUAAACUCAAUAGUCUUGUGCAAAUUGAUAUUACCAUUGAUUUUAUAAAUCUUUACCACCAAUAUCCACAAGAAACCGAAAAAAUUGUGACGAAUUAUGCGAACGAAAUAAAAAUGUAUAGCUAUCACAUAAAAAGGCUGAUAUUAAGGCACAGGUUCAACUACAACAAUCCCUGUAUAGGAUACGACGCGUGCAACACGGGAAACUGUUCUUCAAAACAACCUUGCCAUACAGCAUGUGGAGAUGAGACAACAGAGAGAAAAGAAAGAUAUUGUCUGAGUCCGGUUUUAAAAAUCAAUUACACCUUCAGAAAUACAAAUAGCAGUAUCAGGAAAUUGAAUUUGCGCAAUUGUUUUAGGCAUGCAGACAGCAACGAACUAUUUUUUGUUGAGGGACAGUUCUUUCUGUUUCAGAUAAACACAAAUACCUUGUUUAAAUCAUACCGAUGCACCAACAAAUUGUGUAGGAGCCCCGACACAAUAUUGGAAAUCAGCAAUUUCUUGUACUAUUAUAACAAUGAGGCAGAUGCUAUUGAGCUAAUAUUUUGCAAAAAGCAUUCAAAGGAAUGUAGAGCAUGUCUUACAUCCUUACAAGAAGCUUUUAGUGAGCGAAAGAUUGAAAAAAGUUACUAUUUUAGGUUAAGCGAAGGAUCAUCUGUACAGAAAUGUGUCACAGUCUGUGGUGUCGAUUACACAAAUGAUGAGUUUAUCGGUGCCCUUGGGCAUUUUAUAAGAGGAUCAGGUGGUGAUCUUCUAUUUUGUGUGUUGAAAACAUGGAGAAAGCACCAACAGAUACGUAGUAUAAGAUCCUCAAGCGUAGAAUUAACAACCAAAUAUAUUUUUGAUGGUAUAAAGAACAGCAUAUGUGCACAGGAUCAGCUGAUAACAAUCAUUCUAAGCAUUCAGCUCUUCAAUAAUCUUAAAAUACUCAUUUAUACUUUCGAUGUAACCGGUGUCAGCAGGAUCGCCAACAAUUUUUUGGCAGUUCACCAUAUGAAAAUCAAACUUUUUUACACAAAUGUAGUAAAUUCUGGUGGUAUUUACAUCAACAGCCUGUCAGAGUAUAAAAAUAGGAUUGAAGAGAAUGUCGAUCUCAUGUUUAUAUUCAGAAAAAAUGACGAACUGAACUUAUGCUACAAAUACCAAAAAAAGAUGGACAAACAAAAGUUUAUUUAUGAAGAGAGUAUUACAGUCGAUCAAAACAGCUUAUCAUCACGCUUAGAUACCUAUUUAUCUGCCAAUUCAUGUGUAAAACACGAUAUUAGUAGCAUACUUCUUCAAUAUCUCGAUUCUCAACUUUUUACCGAGUUGCAAACCGCUGCACUGCGUAUUUACCUCAAGAACAAGAAAAAAAUUAACAUUUCAAGAAUUAUCUACACACUUAAUAAUUUGAUCAUUGGUUAUCGAAACCUUAUAAAUAGAAAUAUCGAUAAAACCGAUCUCCAUUUGAUAGAAAAGCUUGUCAUCGACAAGUUAAUUUGA